AUGGAAGAAGCCGAGGCCCCCCGGACCCCGGAUCUCAUCGACUGGACUCGACCGCUGUCACCAUGGGGUGAUGGAGACGCAGAUGCGCUCGGCGCAAAUGGCAUCGAACCUGAUUUAGAAGCUGAGAGGCACAUUUCAGCGAGCGCUACAGGGAGCGUCAGUACAGAGAUCCCGCCGUCAGCGUACUUCACAAUUCAUCGAAUUCGACGGCUCAUCUUAGCAAGCAUAGAUGACCCUUAUACGUUGGAUCAACUGCGAGAGCCGCGGAUGAACUCGCUUGUCGUUCGCCCUCUUGUUGAUAGACUGUAUGAUCCUGAUGACCCCACAAUCGUCUAUUGCCUACUGGCGAAUCGCAUCCAAUUCUUGAGGCAACAUACAAGUACAGCUCACCAGACUGUUAACGUGGCGCGCGCUGCACUCUGCGAACUGGUUGCAAGCCGCGUACUGCGCCGAUACCAUGAAGAUCAUCCAGGUGAAAUCGGCCUUCUGAUUCUUGCGCACGUCCUUGUCGAAGGCUUCGAUCCCUUCCAAGGUGCGCCCGAAGAGGUGGAAAGCGAGUGCCGACAGCUUCAGUGGCCGAUCCAGCGACGCGAUGGACAUGAGAGAAAGCUCACAGCCCUUGAGCUAGCCAUCAUAUCCGAAAGCAAGGUUUUUUUAAGCUCUUCGGCAUGUCAGAGACUGGUCGACGCCGUUUACCUAGGUGUUGUGACCUAUACGCCCCUGUCGUUUGUCGACAUCUUGCCCGAUCACUACGAGUUCAUCUCAGUCUCGCUCUAUGAGCCACAUCGAGCGCCAAUACUAGACGAGAGGCGGAUGCUAGUUCCUUGGAUACGACGGGUCACUGAGUUUUGUCAGUUUGUGACUCUUGUAGCGCUGUACAUGUUCACGAUGAUAAAUCGCAGCAGCCCCACGUUAAGCGCAUGGGAGUGCUUCUUCGCUAUUUAUACCGCCGGGUGGACCCUGAAUGAGUUUGCGGCGAUUAUCGAGCACGGCUGGGCUGUUCACUCUCAGACUUUGUGGUCAUUCCUUGACAUCAGCUUUUGCUUCAUCUUCAGCUGCUAUUUAUUCGCCAGGGUGUACGACGUGCUAGGGUAUGGUGGAGUGAUCGCGGAUGGAUAUGGCGUACACAUCCUCUGCGUAGCAGCCCCUAUCCUCCUCACGAGAGUGGCCUUCACCAUUAUGCCCGACAACAUCGUCUUUAUAGCAAUGCACGCCAUGAUGAAGGACUUCACUCUCCUGACGUUCAUCUCCAUCUGGUGUUUUGCGGGAUUCCUCCUCGCUCUUCAGUGGCUCAUCGGGAGCAACGCCGCCACUUCGGGAGUUGGAGACCAGGCAUCUCUGACAUGGUACGAGACGUGCAAGUGGCUCAUUUGGACCUGGUUCGGUCUUGACGGUACCGGCAUCGAUCGGUCCCCCGAUUUCCAUCCAAUACUUGGGCCCGCUCUAAUGAUUGCGUUCGCAUUCCUUGGCAACAUUCUCUUCCUGACCUUGCUUGUUGCCUUGUUGAGCAAUACCUUUUCUAAGAUUAUCGCGGAUGCGCCGGCAGAAAUCCAAUUCCGCCGAGCCGUCAUCACCUUCGCCGGGGUGAAGAGCGACUCGAUCUUCGCAUACCCGCCACCAUUCAACCUGCUGGCUCUUGCUGUGCUGCUGCCACUCAAGUCAGCACUCACAUCUCGGUCUUUCCACAACCUCAACGUCACCCUCAUCCGAGCACUCAACGCUCCGGCCUUACUUCUCAUAAGCGCGCUCGAACGACGAAGGGUCGCGCAUCCAGGACGGGCGCGCUCACAAUCACUGCUGCAUUGGAACUUCAGCGGCUUCAACCCCCAUGGUGACAUACAGGCAGUGUUCAAAGCGGAGCCUCCGCCUGCAGUGGAACGAGAGCUGGAGGAGAUGGAUAAUCUGAGUGAUGUGGGGUUUGCGGAGAGGUAA